AUGAAGUUUUUGAGUGUGAUUGCCUUGAUUUGCCAACUAGUGCUCGCAGCCGCAUCUACCUCCUAUGUUUCCUUAAGAAAUCAAGAUGUUAUCGACGGUAGAAUUUCGAGUACAGAAGAUAUAAUAGAAACAGCAACUGUUGAUCAGCCAUUAGUCAUCCUACAAUUCAGCAAAGCCAAAGUUCUGGAAUCAUUGGCCGCUGACGACUAUAACGUUCCAUUCUUAAACCAAUAUUUUAAACAUGGCGUUACCAAUGUUUUAACAGAUGAAACUAAAUUAGUUGAACCAAGUGAUGACGACGAAGUUUUUAUCUUCAAGAUGAAGGAUUUAGAAUUUGACCCAUUAGAUAUCCUUAAGGAUGCUAAUGUCGAGAAGAAACGUGUAACAUGGUUUAAAUUUGAUGCUAAGGAAUAUAACAUGCGUGACUUAGAUCAAUACUUAGAGACAAUUGUGAUAUUCGUCGAAGAAUAUUUGAAUGUUAACGUAGACAUUGUGUUAAACUCUGCAGAUGUCAUGACUUUAGAAGAAUUCGACAACGACGUAGAAAUGCACACUGCUACUCACACUCAAGUUAAUUCAAAGCCAACCUCAACAAAGACACCAAAAAAUGGUUCCAAAGUUGAUGACGACGCCUUAAGUGAAAUAUGGACAGAAGGUCUACUGAUGUGUUUAUUAGUUUCUUUCAUCCUUUUAGUCAUUCUUUUAUUUGCUCUUUCCUGGAUUUCUAGUUUGAGUAUCAGUUAUGGUGCUCUUGAGAAGUCCACAAAUCCUUUAAAGAAAAACGAAUAG